AUGGUUUUCGUGGGCACAGAUAUCCACAAGAAUCCAUUUGAAGAGGAGUGGGACAACAAUCCACAGGCCACCAAUCAACAGCCUGAUCAAUUCUAUGUGAAGGAGAUGGGUCGCACUGCAGGAGGCAAAUGUGCUCCAGGUAUCAUCUCUUCGCCUUACGCUGGGGCAGCAGGUUUUUGCCCCACUAUCGGAUUCUCCCAAGCAGGUCUGUCCAUGCACACGAUGGCAGGAAUGGGACCCCUGGUCUCGGGACGGAUGACCCUGCACGGCAUGGCGCCCACCGCCGUUCACUCUGUUCUCCUUGUCUCCAACCUCAACCCCGAAAGCAUAUCACCACAUGAACUGUUCAUCCUGUUUGGGGUGUAUGGUGAUGUGCAUCGGGUCAAGAUUCUGUUCAACAAGAAAGAGAAUGCCUUAAUCCAGAUGGCCGAUGCUACUCAGGCACAGCUUGCGAUGUCCCACCUGAACGGCCAGCGGCUCCACGGUAAGGUGAUCAGAGUGACCAUCUCUAAGCACCAGACGGUCCAGCUGCCCAGGGAGGGACAGGAAGACCAGGGCCUCACUAAAGACUUCAGCGGCUCCCCGCUACACCGCUUCAAGAAGCCUGGAUCCAAGAACUUUCAGAACAUCUUCCCUCCCUCUGCCACCCUCCAUCUAUCCAACAUCCCCCCGUCUAUAACAGAUGACAUCCUAAAGGACCUUUUCUCUGGAACUGGAUACAUAGUCAAGGCCUUCAAGUUCUUCCAGAAGGACCGUAAGAUGGCUCUGAUCCAGUUGGGUUCAGUGGAGGAGGCUAUCCAGGCCCUGAUCGAUCUCCACAACCACGACCUGGGAGAGAACCACCACCUCCGCGUGUCCUUCUCCAAGAGCACCAUCUGACCCGCCUCACCCAGCUCCCCCACUUCCCCACCCCUAGGGCCUCGCUCCUGGGCUGGGCUAGCGGGAGUGAGGGACAGAAUGACCCACUUUGACUUACAAAACAACAACAGACAAAUGACUAGUUUAAAUGAUAUUGUUGAGUAAUAGACUAGUGUAAUGCAAGGCCUUCAGACAGAGACUGAGCUGGUCUGGAAGGAGUGAUGGGCAGGGAAGAGAACAGUGAGUUGGGGUGAGAUGGCAUGGUGCAUCAUUCAAUCCUUUAUCUGGCAUUAAAAAGGACCCUAACCCAGAGGAUGGGAGAGAGGUAUUUAACACUCUUGGGAGGUUUACACUCUUGGGAGGUUUACAAGUAUACCACAGACACACAUACAGACCCACCACCUACAGACCCACCACCUACAGACCCACCUAUAGACCAACCACCUACCUACGCACAGAUACAAGCUAGUCAGUCUUAUCAGCCGGUCAGUCGUAUCAACCACAGAGCCUUAAUACGACCUGGUCAGUUUGGCUGAAUGACAGUGAAGGCCAGACACUUAGACAUGAUUGACACAAUGAACCUGACUCCUUACUGGAUGAGAACCAGGCACUUCUAGCUGUAUUGCCUUGUUACAAUGCAACUAAAGCACCAACCCCCUCUACUCCUUAUUGUUACAUUAUAACUGAA